AUGGCAGAUGGCAGGCCAUCUAAUGGCGAGAAGGAGGCACCAAAGGUCACAAACUCACCUUCGCUAGUUUCAAGUCCUGAGAUGGAUGACAGCGCGCCUGACCAUCUGUUCGUGCCAAUGUACCAUGUACAAACGCAUCAGACGGUGGAUAUCGAGGACUAUUUCAGAGGCCCUCGGGAUGUCAUGCGCCACUCAAAAUGGCCAUAUUUCCUUCGUCUCCAUGGUUCAGUUCUUCCCAAAAUGAUCAUUCCUCUCUUCUUCCUCGGAGGGUGGGCCACCGCCAUUACCUGUAUCAACGAGCUUGUCUACAAGGAAAAGUUCGGCAUCGAUUCCGUUCUGUUGACCGUCUUGGGUUUCGUGGUCGGUUUGGCUCUUUCAUUCAGGUCCACCACGGCAUACGAACGCUAUUCCGAAGGCCGAAGAUACUGGUCACAGUUGAUAUURACUUCGCGCAACCUGGCAAGACUGAUCUGGAUACAUACGCAGGAGCGUCAUGCCGAGUCACCAGAGUUGGGGAAAGCAGAUCUAUUGGCUAAGCUCGCCGCUCUUCRGCUCAUCAAUGCAUUCGCGGUUUCACUCAAGCAUCGCCUACGCUUUGAGCCGUCGACUGACUACCCGGAUCUUGCCCCACUGCUUGGGAACCUACACACUCUAGCAGGAGAUGCCGAUCAAGCGAACCUCCAGCCAAAGAAGAUUUCACCUAUCAAGUCCAUUGGCUUGUAUCUCGGCAUACCAAUGGCGGAGUCUAACCCGCGCAAGCUCAUCAAGCGGUCAAAGGAGAAUCUAGGGAACACGCCGCUCGAGGUUCUCACAUACCUGUCGACAUACUUUGAAGAAGUAUUUGCCAACAAAACUCUCGCCGUACCAGUGCAUCAGACCAUGUCAAUGAACUAUCUGGCAUUGCUGGGUGAUGUACUCACUGGCGUGGAGAGAGUCGUCAACACUCCACUUCCCGUGGCGUACUCCAUAUCGAUCGCUCAGAUUACAUGGGCAUACGUCCUUGCGUUGCCAUUUCAACUCGCCCCAAAACUGCGAUGGGUCACGAUUCCGGCUACAAUUGUCGCCGGGUACAUUAUCCUUGGUCUUGCUCAGAUUGGGAAAGAGUUGGAGAACCCAUUCGGCCAGGAUGWGAACGAUCUACCUCUUGACGCCUACUGCCAUGGGCUGGCAUGCGACAUUGACGCGAUGACCAGCAAACCGGCACCGUUGAAUAUUGACGAAUGGAUGCGUGACCGUGGCGCAAAGGUGUUGUGGCCGUUGAGCUCCUGGGAGUUCAAGGCGUGGGAGACACGCAGUGUGGAUGAUAUCCGUGCGGCCCUGAAAGCCAAGGCGGCGAGUCGUGACGUGAAGCAGGAGAGGAUGAAUACCUUUAUCCAGAGUGAAAAUUUGAUGUAA